GCCACGACCAGGCGCGGAGUCGGUGCCGCCGCUCCGGCGAGGUGACGGCGACGAGAGGCGGCCCCGACACCGGCCCCGGCCCCGGCGCCGGCCCCGUCACCCCGCGGCGGCGGCAGAACCUCGACGGCUACCCCGGCUGCUGGUCGCAGCGCUCUGCAUGGCGGCGGCGGCGCCCGACGGCACGGGCAGCGAUGGCGAGUCCGGAGGAGCUGCAAGUUUUCCGGGACUACGGGGAGAGCUGGUACCGCUUUCGGAAGGGGCUGGAGAGCCGUUUCCAGCCGCGGGAGCCGCUCGCCCAGCAGCCGCAGGUGACGGCGGAGGCACGCUGCAAGCUGGUCAGCUGGCUCAUUCCCGUAUACCGGCACUUCGGUAUCUCAUUCGAAGCGCUCUGUUUGGCCGUCAAUAUCAUCGAUCGCUUCCUUUCCACCACGCCGAUCGCCGCCGACUGCUUUCAGCUGCUUGGAGUAACGGCGCUUCUCAUAGCGUGCAAGCAGGUGGAGGUGCAUCCUCCCAGCAUGGAAGAAUUGCUGACCUUGUGCUGCAACGCGUUCAGUCGUCACCAGCUUCGCAACUUGGAAUGCCUCGUUUUGCGGCGCCUGGGCUUCGAGCUCGCAGCGCCUACCGUCAGCUUCUUUCUAGAGCAUUUCAGUCAGCUGCGGCUGGAGGCGCGAGGUGCCGAUGCUGGAGAAGCUGCAGACGCCCGCAGCCUGGCUGGAGGCAUGGCGGAGCUCAGCCUGGCCGACUACGCCUUCGUCAAGUAUGCCCCGUCCUUGUUGGCCGCCGGCAGCCUAGGGCUGGCAGAUUGCCUGCUGCGCCACCGCCGUCCCCUGGACCUGAGGAUCAGCGGCUACCCACAGUGGCUCCUGAGGCACUGUAUGACUCACCUCCGUCUCCUGGUGUCUCUCAACGGGCAGUCGCUACACCUCCUUCUUCCCCCAGAGGUGAUCCAGAAAUGUCGGUGUUUGUGGAGCAGCCGCUAG